UAAAUCCCUAGGGGAUAAGGAUCCCCAAGGUUUAGAAAGCCAGCCAAAAACGACGACGUUUAAGUAGAGGACAGAGGAGAAGGAACGUUUCUUUGCGUCAGCGUGUUGCGGUGUCGGUCUGGCGUAGAGUUGCCGCGGCGAAAUAAUGCGUUUUCCCUCGCGGCCUUGCGCUUGCAUUGCGUCGCGUCGCUUUGCGGCAGAAUUUAAAAAAAAUUAAGAAGAAAAAAAGAAAAAACGAAACAGAACAAGAGAAGAGAGAGGCUUUUUGCCGCUUUUGCGUUAUGGGUUUGGGGGGUUUUUAAAAGGUUUUUCCUCAAGACACAAACGAAACUGUUCUUCCCUUCCAAACACACCCUCUCUCUCUCUCUCUCUCUCUCUCUCUCUCUCUUCCUCCGUUAAUCACUCCGUUUACGACGUCGUUUUCCCUCUCCUGCCCUGCCUCGUUCUUUCUCUUCAAUUUCGUUUCUUGUUCUCUUUCUUCUCUCUCCCCUGCAAUUUUGUCUUCAUUGUUCAAUUUCAUGGCUCAUCUUAAAGUCUGUUCGCCGCGGCCAAACGGUGACGUUUUUCGUGAAGAUCGACCCUGCCCUUCGCCGCCAUCCCCGUCAUUGCCGACCUCCAAUCCCGAUCCCUCCGCCGUCAGCCCCGAGUCUUGGGCCAGAGGCGAGGACGCAACCCGCGACAUAGUCUCAAAGAUUCAGCCCACUCUGGUGACCCACCAGGCGAGGAAGGAGGUUAUUCAAUAUGUACAGAGCCUCAUCACAUCUAACGUUAGAUGUAAGGUUUUUCCGUAUGGGUCAGUUCCAUUAAAAUCAUAUCUUCCUGAUGGAGAUAUUGAUUUGACGGCAUUCAGCAGUGCAAACAUUGAGGAAAGCUUUGUAACUGAUGUUCAUGCUAUCCUGAAGGGAGAGGAGAAUAAUGAAGCUGCUCAGUAUCUUGUGAAGGAUGUCCAUUGCAUUGAUGCCGAGGUUAAGCUUGUGAAAUGCAUUGUACAAAAUAUAGUAGUAGAUAUAUCCUUCAACCAGUUAGGAGGACUUUGUACACUGCGCUUUCUUGAACAGGUCGAUCACUAUAUUGGCAAACAUCAUCUUUUCAAACGCAGCAUUAUUCUGAUAAAAGCCUGGUGCUACUAUGAGAGUCGUAUUCUUGGUGCUCAUCAUGGGUUGAUUUCAACAUAUGCUUUGGAAACAUUAAUCCUAUAUAUUUUCCAUAUGUUUCAUUCUUCUCUAGAUGGCCCUUUAACGGUCCUUUAUAGAUUUUUGGAUUACUUCAGCAAAUUUGAUUGGGAGAACUACUGUAUAAGUUUAAAUGGACCAGUAUGCAAAUCGUCCCUGCCUGAUAUAGUGGCUGAGGUUCCCGAAAAUGGGGGAGAUGAUCUACUGCUGAGCGAAGAAUUUAUUAGAAAUUGUGUGGAAAUGUUCUCUGUUCCAUCAAAGUUGUGUGAGACAAACUUGCGAUCUUUUCCCCUGAAGCAUCUUAAUAUAAUUGAUCCACUAAAAGAGAAUAACAACCUUGGGCGUAGUGUCAAUAGAGGUAGCUUCUAUCGGAUAUGCAGUGCUUUUAAAUAUGGAGCUCGCAAGCUUGGUUGGAUUCUUUCGUUACCAGGAGAAAGAAUAGCAAAUGAGCUGAACAAGUUUUUUGCAAACACUUUAGAUAGGCAUGGAAGCAACUGUCAGACUAAUGAUAAAAAUGAUGCCUUAUCUGGAGGUCUUGAAGCUCUGAACAUUUUGUUGGAGCUUGGUGGAGAUUUUGACAAUCACUGCUUGAACCUGCAAUAUGGUCCCUAUUUCCCUGGGUCUGCUACAUCACCUCCUUUAUUGCCAAGUCCUCCUUUGUCGCCUCAGCCAUGGAAAGAGAAUCAAUGGGGAGUUACCUCUGAAGCUGUUCAGUUCCACCAGAAUAUUAAUUCCCAAACUAACAUAAAUGGUAUUGCUUGGGGAGCACAUGCGUACCAUGCAAAUGAUUCCACUUUAUCUGUUGCUGCCUUCAGAGGAGAGAAGAAGAAACCACGAGGAACAGGGACGUACAUCCCCAAUGCGUCUUUUCAGAGUUAUCGUCCCUAUAAGGAUAGGUUCUUGCCUGGAAGGGGAAGGAAACAGGCACCAGGAACAUGUUUUCCAUUGCAGAGACACGCUUUUAGUUAUGGCUUUGCUGCAGCCCCUCAAGAGUCAAUCUCACAGAGAGAAUACAACCGCCAGCUCUCAGAAGCAGAGUACCCAGUUCUAGGUCGUGGAAACUCUGCAAAAUCAGAUUACCAUCCACCUCACCUUUCAAUCUGGGAGUCUUUCCAUGACGUUGGUUUGUCCAACUUGCCAGAGAAACCUGAGUGUAGAUCCUUGUCACCUCCAUCAUGGGAAUCACACAUUCCAGAAGUGGACAGUCAAUCAGAGUUAUUCAGAGCCAAUGAGGAGAGGAUUGAAGAGCAGUCAUAUCAUCUGAAAAAUGAUGACGAUUUUCCCCCCCUCACCCCUCAAGUGCCUUUGAAGGAAGGAUUAUGCGUUGGAGAAUGAAGACACUUAUAAUUGUAGAUGCUAACACACUAGACUGAGCUUCUGAUGAGACAUCUUCCCCUGACUUCAACUCUUUUUGGGGUCCUGCGUUGUUUGUUGGUUCGAUGUAGCAUACAUAUGUUGUACAUUCUGGUUCGCUUUUCAUUUUCCGAAUAGACACGCACAUUUGUGUGCUUUGAUUGGGUUGGGUGGAUGAUGUAUAUACGGGGUGAAGUUUGCCCCUCAUUUCGCAUUCCCUCCCAAAGUUUGGAGAGUUAUAAACACAGUACUGAGAAGCCUCUGUUAGGUAUAUUUUCGGUUAGAUACUGGUUAGUAUACACAUGAUGAAAUCUAUAGAUGUAA